AUGGCGCUAAUUGCUGACUCGCUCCUUAUAACAAAGGCCUCCGCUGAAUACGUGCUUGCGCUCUUUCUUGGGCUUCCGCUCUUGCAAAAGGUGUCCGUCGUAGUGGUGCUUCCGUUCCUCUACAACCUCGUGUGGCAACUCCUCUACUCACUCCGCAAGGACCGCGCGCCGCUUGUGUUCCACUGGAUCCCGUGGUUCGGGUCCGCGAUUCCAUACGGGAUGCAGCCGUACGAGUUCUUCCAGGACUGCCAGGCAAAGUACGGCGACGUAUUUGCGUUUGUGUUGUUGGGCAAGGUCAUGACCGUGUACCUCGGUCCUAAAGGCCACGAGUUCGUGUUGAACUCGAAACUUGCCGAUGUUUCUGCUGAGGCCGCGUACCAGCACUUGACGACACCAAUCUUCGGGAAAGGUGUCAUCUAUGACUGUCCUAACCACCGCUUGAUGGACCAGAAGAAGUUUGUGAAGGGCUCGCUCACCCGUGAUGCCUUCAGAACCUACGUCCCGCAGAUCAAGCAGGAAAUUUUGAACUACUUUAAGACAUCGGCCAACUUUGAGAUCGAGGCCCACUCCGGCGGCGUGGCCAACGUCAUGGAAACCCAGCCAGAAAUCACCAUCUUCACCGCUUCCAGAUCACUUUUGGGCCAGGAGAUGAGAGACAAAUUCGACGCCUCUUUCGCACAGUUAUACUCGGACUUGGACAAGGGGUUCACCCCAAUCAACUUUGUGUUUCCCAACCUCCCGUUGCCAUCGUACCGCAAGCGUGACUUGGCCCAGCAGAAGAUUUCUCGCACCUACAUGUCCUUGAUCUCCAAGAGAAGAGCUGAGAACGACAUCCAGGACAGGGACUUGAUCGACACCUUGAUGCAGACCUCCACCUACAAGGACGGUGUCAAGAUGACCGAUCAAGAGAUUGCCAACUUGUUGAUUGGUGUCUUGAUGGGCGGCCAGCACACCUCCGCCUCCACCUCCUCGUGGUUCUUGUUGCAUCUUGCUGCGAACCAGGACUUACAGGAGGAAUUGUAUAAGGAGAUUGUCACAGUUUUGGGCAGCGAGGGCUUGGACGGCCUCUCCUACGACAAGCUCCAGGACAUGCUGUUGGUUAAUAACACCAUCAAGGAGACCCUCAGAAUGCACAUGCCGUUGCACUCCAUCUUCCGCAAGGUCAUGAACGCGUUGCAGGUCCCGGGCACCUCCUAUGUGGUUCCAGUUGGUCACCACGUGUUGGUUUCUCCGGGUUUCGCCAUGACAAACGAGAAGUACUUCCCGCAGGCUGCGACCUUCGAUCCGCACCGUUGGGACUCUGAGGCCUCCACUGCUCUGGCCGACACCGUGGACUACGGGUUCGGUGCUGUCUCCAAGGGUGUGUCCUCGCCAUAUUUGCCUUUCGGCGGUGGAAGACACAGAUGUAUCGGUGAGCAGUUCGCAUACGUGCAGUUGGGGACCAUCUUGACAACUUUUGUGUACAACUUGAAGCUCUCUACGCCAAACGGCAAGGCUGAUGUUCCGCCUGUUGACUACGCCAGUAUGGUAACCUUGCCCAUCGACCCAGCUGAAGUUAAGUGGGAGAAGAGACAGACCUGUGUGUUGUAA